AUGGCCAGUACUUCGCCAUUGCUGCGCCUACCGGCCGAGCUUCGUAACACGAUCUACGAACUCACGCUCACCGCUUCAAGGUCGCUGCAUCACCAUAAGCCUGACGCCGCCGGAAAGAAGCCAUAUUUCUACCUUCGCGAUGAUAAGAGUCCCGUCGAUUACAACCAACUUAAGUACGCCAACAAGCAGUUGUAUGCAGAGACUGCUGGUCUGGAGCUCAAGUUCAACGACAUUACAUUCUCUGAAGGCUCGAAAGACGCGUUGCCGUCUGACGCGCUGAUUGACUGGGUGUCAUCGGUGUCUAUCACAAAGAGGUCUUGGAUUAAGACCAUCAGCAUCAGACCCGACAGUGUAGAUGACUUGAACCUCAUAGGGGAGAGCCCGGACGCAGUCGCACGCCUCACACAACUCUGUAACGGCAUUCCUAAUGUGAAAGUCAAGUACUACAAGCCUUCAUGGGUUUACCAGUCCGACUUCGGAAUUGGAUUUUUCUUCACGCUGGCUCAAUGCUUCAGUUACGCAUUCCGUGGCAAAAUCUUCAAAUAUCUUUUUAACGUUGCAGUUGAUCAAGAUAUGGCAAUAAUAUACGCCACACGUUGGCGAAAGGGCCAUCACUAUAAAAGCCCCAAAGUGGAGUUGGUGCGGCUCCAGGCUGAAAACCUCAAAUACUUCCCCAUCAUGCCUACAGACACUCCAGUACCGGUCAUCAAGGCGGAUUACACGAUCGCGAGGGACGACGAGGUCAUUCCAGAGGCAGAGCAGUGGAUCGGCAACAAGUACUUGAGAGAGUGGAUGGAGCAUGGUAUCUAG